CUAAGGUGGCCGGCUUUGUGUCAAUGGAGGCACUUCUGGAAAACCUCGUCGAACAUGUUACAUGUCCGAUUUGCUUGGAUACCUACACGGACCCAAAGACUAUAGCUUGUUUUCAUACCUUCUGCUGUGAAUGCUUGAAAAGACAUGCUCUGGCGACUCAAAAACAGGGGCGCUAUCGAUGCCCCGAGUGCCAAGCAGACCUUGACAUCCCCGAAGGAAAUCGUUUCACCGAUUUGCCAAGCAGUUUUCAACACAAUAACUUAUUGAAUCUUCUUGCUGUUCGACGAAAUAGCGAAGGAAGUGCGGUAGAUUGUAGUAUAUGUCGGAAAAACAGCGCCGAAACGAGCUACUGCUUUGAUUGCCAGAAAUUUAUGUGCUGUGACUGCGUUAAAGCUCACGAAUUGUUCCGCACAACUGCGUUUCAAGGGCACAAAGUGACGCUUUUGAAACAGUUUAAAACUGAAGACUACGAAGCCUUGUUAAGACGGCCGUCAUUUUGCUCGCAGAAGCAGCACGAGCGAGAAGUAAUGAAGUUUUACUGUCUUGAUUGUCAAAGCUGUAUUUGUCAAAUUUGUAACGACACGGAUCACAGAAGCCAUGAUGUCGUGCCGCUUGACGAGGCAGCAGACGCCGAAAAAGCCAAAAUCAUGUCCGAAGUUGAGGCGAUGAAAAAAGGAAAAGAGGCUUGCACUGAAAUUCUUCAACAAAUGGAGAAGAAUAAACAAGACUUCGAAACUAGCAUAGCUGCUGCGAAACAGCAAGUUUCGCAAGCAACGGAAAAAAUGAUCGCGAGGGUUAAAGCACUCGAGAGUGAAGCCAUGGCAUCCCUCGAGAAUACGCGCGCGUCGAGGAUGGAGAAACUGACUUCAGCAAGGGAAUCUGCCCAGUCUUUGGUCAGGCAAAUUAACCAAACAGUUGAGUUCGGUAACGACUUGCAGCAGAGAAGACCAACCUCAGACGUCGAACAAAGCAAAAAGUAUCUGGAAGAGCGAUUAAAAGAGCUUAGUCAAACCCAAGUACCAACAGUUUCCGUCAGUCCGUUUGUUCAAUUUGUUCCAUCAUGGUCACCUGAAGAUUUGAGCCUUGGAUUCGCAACAAUCAAUAUAGAUGGAAAUGAAUCAACGUUGGAAAGCCAAAGUUUCCACGCUGGUGAAGAAGCAGUGAUAUCGAUUUAUCCCGAACUGCAAAAAGGUAAAUUCAGAAAUAAAAAGCACAAAGCUCAGGCUGAAGCUCACAUAGAGCCCGCUGAGCAGAUAGCUGAGGGAAGCCUGAAAAUCUGCGAAAAAGAAAACGGAACUUUUCAAGUUAAAUUUGUAGCGAAAUUUCCAGGUACCUAUAAAGUCAACGUUAUAAUAAACGGCGAAACCCUUACUCAAUGCCCUCUCACCGUGUUGGUAAUGGAACCGGGAAAGACAAGUUGACUUUUGACGCGAACUAAGAAAAAAAAAAUUCGCGCACGGAUAAAGAUUGUUACGACUUUCAAGCUUUUGAAAGGUGCCAUCGGUGCGACUCAAGUUAAAAUUUGGUAAAAUUAAAUUUCUGUGCAGAGAAAGAUUGGCUAGAAAGUUCGUUUUCGUGGAGACUGUAAUUAUCUUCAGGUGUUGAACUGCCUGCCAAUCAAUAUCAGUAACCUUGUAACCUGACUAUAUUAACACGACUUGGUCACAUGACCUUCUCAAUCUUAAAAAAAAUGGUCGUGGUGUGAAGUAGAUAUCGGAAAAAGAGAGAGAUUGACGAAAUUUGUUGAAUUUCGAUUUCGAAGUCACUGUCGUCAAAGCUUAAGAUUUUACGUUAACUUUAAUAUUCAAAAGAACAACAAUUUUUUUUUAAAAUUUCCAAAAAACUUUCGAACUAAAAUCGCACACUUGAAUGCCUGAGAAAUGAGAUAUGUACAAUUUUCAUCAUUCCCUUUCCAUUUUUGUUAUCAUCUUCGUACCAUUAUUACGCGAUCAUAAAUAUAAUUGACACAAGGUAAAGAAACUGUGUUGUAUUUAUCAAGAGCCACGCGCCGCUGUUCAGGAAACCGUGAGCCCGCGUUCGUCGCCUCUUCCUAAUGAAUACAAGCUUGGAGCCACGGACCGUGUUAAUUGUUUCUCAAAUACAUACGAAUACGUAGAUUAGUGUUAUAAAUCAAUAUUUUAAAAACACACGAGUGUUAUAACUCGCAUUCAUUAUCGCUCUCAGAAACUUGGCCAUGUUAUAAUAAAAUUUUGCUGUUGGUUGAUGUCCCUAAA